GGCCAUGGGCCGGAGGGCGAGCGGUGGGCUGCCGGUCAGCCCCGGGCCUCACCCCCGCGGGAGAGCUGCCUGGAUUCGGUGGGGGCUGGCCGGGCCCGCAGGGAGGCCGGCCUGUGCCCCCUGAACUACGGAUACCAGGGCGCUCACCAUGGCCCCGCCGCUCCUGCUGCUGCUGCUGGCCAGUGGAGCGGCCGCCUGCCCGCUGCCCUGCGUCUGCCAGAACCUGUCCGAGUCGCUCAGCACGCUCUGUGCCCACCGAGGCCUGCUGUUCGUGCCGCCCAAUGUGGACCGGCGCACAGUGGAGCUGCGGCUGGCGGACAACUUCAUCCAGGCCCUGGGGCCCCCAGACUUCCGCAACAUGACGGGGCUGGUGGACCUGACGCUGUCCCGCAACGCCAUCACCCGCAUCGGCGCCCGCUCCUUCGGGGACCUGGAGAGCCUGCGCUCGCUGCACCUGGACGGCAACAGGCUGGCCGAGCUGGGCACCGGCAGCCUGCGGGGCCCCAUCAACCUGCAGCACCUCAUCCUGAGCGGCAACCAGCUGGGCCGCAUCGCGCCGGGGGCCUUCGACGACUUCCUGGACAGCCUGGAGGACCUGGACCUGUCCUACAACAACCUGCGGCAGGUGCCCUGGGCCGGCAUCGGUGCCAUGCCCGCCCUGCACACCCUCAACCUGGACCACAACCUCAUCGACACGCUGCCUCCGGGCGCCUUCGCCCAGCUCGGCCAGCUCUCCCGCCUCGACCUCACCUCCAACCGCCUGACCACGCUGGCGCCCGACCCGCUCUUCUCCCGGGGGCGCGACGCCCAGGCCUCGCCCGCCCCCCUGGUGCUGAGCUUCAGCGGGAACCCCCUGCACUGCAACUGUGAGCUGCUGUGGCUGCGGCGGCUGGCCCGGCCCGACGACCUGGAGACCUGCGCCUCCCCGCCGGGCCUGGCCGGCCGCUACUUCUGGGCGGUGCCCGAGGGCGAGUUCUCCUGCGAGCCGCCCCUCAUUGCCCGCCACACGCAGCGCCUCUGGGUGCUGGAGGGCCAGCGGGCCACACUGCGGUGCCGGGCCCUCGGGGACCCCGCACCCACCAUGCACUGGGUCGGCCCCGACGACCGGCUGGUCGGCAACUCCUCCCGAGCCCGGGCCUUCCCCAACGGGACCCUGGAGAUUGGGGUGACAGGCUCUGGGGACGCGGGGGACUACACCUGCAUCGCCACCAACCCCGCUGGCGAGGCCACGGCCCACGUGGAGCUGCGGGUGCUGGCCCUGCCCCACGGCGGCGGGAACGGCAGCGCCGAGGGGGGCCGCCCCGGGCCCUCGGACAUUGCCGCCUCGGCCCGCACCGCUGCCGAGGGCGAGGGGACACUGGAGUCUGAGCCAGCCGUGCAGGUGACGGAGGUGACUGCCACCUCGGGGUUGGUGAGCUGGGGGCCGGGGCGGCCCGCGGACCCUGUGUGGAUGUUCCAAAUCCAGUACAACAGCAGUGAGGACGAGACCCUCAUCUACCGGAUUGUCCCGGCCUCCAGCCACCACUUCUUGCUGAAGCACCUGGUCCCUGGUGCCGACUAUGACCUCUGCCUGCUGGCCCUGUCACCUGCCGCCGGGCCUUCCGACCUCACGGCCACCAAGCUGCUGGGCUGUGCCCACUUCUCCACGCUGCCGGCCAUGCCCCUGUGCCAUGCCCCGCAGGCCCACAUGCUAGGGGGGACUCUGACCGUGGCCGUGGGCGGGGUGCUGGUGGCUGCCUUACUGGUCUUCACCGUGGCCUUGCUGGUUCGGGGCCGGGGGGCCGGGAAUGGCCGCCUGCCCCUCAAGCUCAGUCACGUCCAGUCGCAGACCAACGGAGGCCCCAGCCCCACACCCAAGACCCACCCGCCGCGGAGCCCCCCGCCGCGCCCACAGCGCAGCUGCUCCCUGGACCUGGGAGACACCGGCGGGUGCUACGGCUACGCCAGGCGCCUCGGAGGGGCCUGGGCCCGACGGAGCCACUCUGUGCAUGGGGGUCUGCUCGGGGCGGGGUGCCAGGGGGCGGGGGGCAGUGCCGAGCGGCUGGCAGAGAGCGUGGUGUGAUGGGCAGGGGGACGGCCCCAGGGCAAGGGCGCGGGACGGGCAGCCACCUCGCCUGGGUGGGCCGGCACUGCCUGGGAGUCCCUCCCGCUGCCACCCUCGGUACCUCAGGCCCCUGUGCUCGGCCGAACAGAGGGCCACCGCCCCGGCUCUGGCCCCCAGACGGGCCUGAGGGGCCAGGUCCCUCCGACAGGUGCUCACAGCCGCCAAGGCAGCGCUGCAGCCACUAAGUGGGAGUCUUGUUUUUCUUUAUAAUAAAAUUGUUG